UUGCGAAUCCGAGGACUUUACACGUUGAGAAGCUAUCGGAGACGGUAAUCAUGGGAAGUCAUUGCGAUAUGGAUCCCAGUGGUAAGCUCGCGAUCCCAACCUAAUGUAAGUAUUUUACUGGCCAAGGGCACGAUGACGAGACAUCUGGCAGCCGUUAGUGCGGGUUCAAAGCGUAAUGACCGAGCCAGUGGGCUCUACGUAUUCGCGUUAAUCAUCCCAAUCGUAUUCACAACUACUCUCUGCAUAUUAUUAAGUUUAUAUGGUCGGGCGCCAAGCGCAGCGCGUAGAUUUCUAACCGAAAUUAUUAUUCUAGUGUUCACGGUGGUUUUCAAUGUUACUGUUCUAAGUGACCAUAUUUCUAGUGUUUUGGGCAUACUUGCAUUACUGACUGUUCCAGCCGUGCUGCUUAGUUUAAGGAAAUGGGCUCUAGAGCGCGAAGAUAUCGAACAAGGUUCGCCUGGGGAAGUGGGUUUACUCAAGCGAAUACGGAUGAAAACGAGUCUGGUAGAGAUCACAUCAAAGCAACCUGGAUAUGUGACGAUUUUCCGGUCAACAGUGCUUUUGAUUACAGUUGUCUGUAUUCUCGCCGUUGAUUUCAAGGUAUUUCCGGAUUAUUCCUUCAAAACGCACAAGUAUGGAUUCAGCCUAAUGGACGUCGGGAUUGGAUUGUUUGUUUGCAGCAUCGCAGUGGUGUGUAAUAAGCCACCAAUGGGCCAUUUUAAAUCGACGAGAAACCUGUUGCGUCUUCUCUGGAAUGUCUUCCCGUUCAUGGCAUUGGGAAUCGGGCGAGCGGUGGUCAUUAAACAAAUUCAUUACAACCAAGCCGUGACUGAAUACGGCGAGCACUGGAAUGCUUUCCUCACCCUUGGUUUCGCUAAACUAAUUGCAACAUUAUUCGCAAGCUUAGUUCCGCAUCCAAAGCAUCUAGCUUACCUUGCAAUUGCCAUUUUGGGGAUCCACGAGUUCGGUCUUCAGUUUGGACUAGCGGAGUUUGUUAUUAGUUCCAGGACCGGCCGAAAAAGCCUUCUCACUGCUAACCGCGAAGGAAUCGUCUCAACUCCUGGAUUUGUAGCGCUUCAGCUGGCUGCUAUGUACCUCGGGUACCUCCUGCGUCCAAAUAAGGAUAGCAUCACCGUUCGAGAGUUGCUCAAUAAAAUCUUAGUAUUCGCAUUUAUGUCGGCGGUUUUAUGGCCCGUAGUUUUCUAUAUUAACUCGCAUUUUGGAGUUUCACGGAGAAUCUGUAACUUGGGUUAUGUUAUGUGGAUGCUGUGCAUUUCUACGACGAUGUCGGUUUUCUUUAUGCUGAUGGAACUACUCGCAGCGAUAAUGGCGCAACACAAGGGCAGGGAUCAGCAUUGGCUCUAUGUACCCUUAAUCAUGCAGAGCAUCAACUACAACGGAUUGUUUUUCUUUCUGAUGGCGAACGUUCUAACGGGUAUGGUGAACAUGAGCCUCGAUACGACCGCAGUGGAUACAGGGAACAGUCUGCUCAUUCUUACCACUUACAUGUUCAUUAAUUGUUUAGUUAUUACAAUUUUUUAUAUUAAAAAGGUCAGAAUAAAAUUUUGGUGA